GCAGCCCACCUCACCGCCCUCCUCUCUUCCCCAAACCACCCCCCACAGAUCUCCUCCGACCAUGGAAGUCCGGCAACGCAAACCAGGAAGCGGCAGACCAAAGGGCUCGAAGAACAAGGCGAAACCGCCGGGAACAGAGCCGCGGCCGCGGAAACCCGGCAGCGGAAGACCAAAGGGCUCGAAAAACAAAACAACGCUCGCGGCCGCGGCGGCGGCGGCGGCGGCGGCUGUUGCUGCGGUGUCGGCGUCGGCGUCGGGUGGAGCAGGUGCUGGGAAUGCGGAUAACGCUGCGGGUGUGAAUGUCGGUGUCCGUGGCGGUGCCGGAGUGCGGACAGAUCCCGCGUCGGGAACAGCUGCGUCUCAAGCCAGCAGCGCAUCAGUCGCCUCCUCGUCGAUUGUGAACGCAACUCCGCGGGUGGUGAACGGCAGCAGCAGUAGCAGCACCAGCCAGGGCAUCUCGAAAGGACGCGGACGACCGCCGGGGAGCAGGAACAAGAGCACGAUGGCAAUCUCCUCGCAGCUGUAGCAGUUGCAGUGCAUCGCCCACCUUUUACGCUUAGAUCCGAAAUCGCCAGAGUGGAUCAGGUGGACGACAAAUACCUCCUUUGGCUGAUACUCCGCGGUUAUGAGUAUCCCA